UCAAAACCCUACUACCUCAGGGGUCGCGAUGAGCACCGAGGUGGAGAGGAUCGACGGGGAGAUCCAAGACAUCUUACGCGCUCUCCGAAAUGGAUUCCAGAAACUGGACAAGAUCACAGACAGUAACAGACAGCUUGGAGAGCUGGAAAAACUCACUGUCAAGAUGAAGAAAUGCAAGCUUUUAAUUAGGGAAUUUGACAGCGCAAUUGAAGAUGAGGAGAUUCGAAAUCUGCCAGAGGUGAAUUGGCAGCUUGUUGAGAAGAAGCAAUUAAUGAUAAGAGAGCUGAAUUCGUAUGUUACGAUGAGAAAAACGUAAGUAAUGA